CUUAGUUUAGGCCAUUCUUUGGCAGCCACUCGUUCACCAUGCGUUUUUCCUCAUUCCUCCUCGCGGCAUGUGCCUCAAGUGCAUUCGGGCAGUUCCACCAGAAUUUCAAGAGAUUUACAAACACUAGUAUUCCUGCCACUACGACUUCUUCCUCUGUUCCUAGUUCACUUGAUACGAGUGCUACUACGACUGGUAGCUCUGCUCCGUCUACUGCGCCUGUCUCUCUUGGAACGGCCCAGCUUGGUGCAGGUGCUAGUUACACUACUGCACUUGAUGGUUCAGCAGCAGUCUCUCUCUUCAUCCGAAAUGGAGUUGCUACGUUCAGACUCGUGCCAUUCCUGGCCGCCUUCGCAGGCCGUCGUGUCUUUGUCAUCUUCAGUAUCCUCGUUAGGCCUCCUCGCGGAGGCCGUAAGCGUCAAGCGUUUGAAGGAUGCAGCCUCGAAGUUCAGUUGGAUGGCCAAAGGAUCUACAACCAAGUAAUGACCGACACGGGCGGAUCAGAGGUUGGACAGAGAAGCAACCCCGUCAGGCUUAACGCCGAAGGUCGCCCCGAUAUCCAAUACUUCCUGACUUGUGGCUCUGAUGCUGUUGAGGUUGUUGUUUCUCAUCUCUCUGUUGAGCAAGCUGGCGAAGAUGCAGAGACCACACCUAUUGCGCCUCUCCCAACGGGUACUGAGACGCCAGGUGUUACUGACACUAACUCUGAAGGUGCUACAACAAACUCCGAGGGCGAGACUGUUAUUCCUUCCAACACUGCUACCCUUCCUGGUACUAACUCUGAGGGAUUUACUACCAAUUCUGAGGGAGAGACUGUUAUGCCUCCCAGCACUAACUCUGCUGGCUUCACCACGAACUCGAACGGCGAGACUAUCUUCCCCACUGGGACCGCAACUGGCACUCAGGAUCAAUCUUCCGCUCCAACUGCUACCUCUCCCGCUGGCUUCCCUGACUUCAUUGAUGCUUUCACCCUCUUUGGCUGUGUUGGAUCUACUGAUGGCUUCCCUACUUUCGAGCUUGCUCAAUCUGAUGCCUCUAUGGAUCUGGAUCAGUGCUCUACUCUCUGCCAAGGUCGAGCCUACUUUGGUGUCUAUGACACGCAAAUUGACGGCGACGAAACCGCCCGUGUUGAGCUGGAUUCCUGCGAUAUUGAGUGCCCCGGUGAUGACUCUCAGUUCUGCGGUGGUGAUUCUCGUCGUGGCAGGAUGCACCGUCGCCAGGCCGUUCCUUCCAAUCGCCUUCUCACGGUUUAUGUUGCUGCUGGCGCUCAAACUGAUGUUAUCACCAACGAAGUUACUCGAACCGUCACUGAUCAGUCAACCUUCGUCACUACUUUCACCACUACAGUUGCUGGACCUGUCACCACUGCCACCGAGCGCGUAGUAUACAUCUUUGUUGAGGCCGACUGCAGCGACUGUGACGGCCAGUGGGUCUAUGUCCCUGAAGUUUGUGACUGCCAGGGCGGUUUCCAAUAUGUGCCCUACUUCUGCUUUGCAGGCAGCUGCUCUGGAAAGACUGUUUACAAGUCUCAGGAAUGCAAUGAUUGGUGGAACUACAAGAACUUCUAUGUCCCAGCAGACUGCGAGGGAUGCUCCGGUGGAGAGGUCAUUUACAAGCCUUGGGACAAUUCUUGGGGUACACCUGAGAACUGCAAGACCGAGGAGAUUCCUGCCUGUGAGGGUCCCAAGUGCCCUCCUGUCUACCCUAACAACAAGGGCCAGAACGGAGGUGGUAGCAGUGAUCACGAUGGCAGCUCCCAGCCUGGCAUGCACCAUGGAGGUUCCAACAGUGGUUCAAACGGUGGCUCCAGCUCUGACGAUCAGAGCAAGGGCUCGAACGACAAUAGCUCAAAGGGCAAUGGCCCUGAGUGCAUUGGAGAUAGCUGCACCGGACCCUACGGCGGUGAAUCCAACUCCAAGCCCAAUGGUUCCCAUGAGUCCAACGAAGGUGACUCCCACGGUGAGCCCGCACCUGGCAGCAAGCCCACUGGCCCGUCUAUGGAAAGUGGCUCUCACGGUGAGCCCGCACCUGGCGGCGAGCCUACUGGCGCUCCCAUGGUUGUUAGCGGCGCCGACAAGCAGGUUGCUAGUUUUUUUGCUCUUCUGGCUGCCCUCGCCCCUGCCCUUCUCUAGACAUUAAAUUAUUUAUUUUCUAUGUGAAUACUUACAUUAAACUUGCUUUAAUAGACCGACGUUGCUAUGGAG